UACAUUACACUCAGAGUGAGCUACUGCGCAUGCGCCGUGCACUGUUUAUUCCUUAAUCAGGGUGUUUAUGAUGGACAACCUGCUUAUUCAUGAGUUAAAUGCUUGCUGUUAGUCAGUUUAUUUUAUUGACUAACUGGCCACUUAAUUAGGUACACCUGUUCAAGUGUUUGUAAGUGAGAGCAUGUGGACAUGGUCAGGAUGAUCUGCUGGAGUGAUGGAAUGGGGAGGAAAAGGUGAUUGGAGUGAGUUUGGGUGUGGCAUGGUAUGUUAGUGCCAUAUUUCUGAACCUAAUGAUCUGUACAACCGUCCUUAGGGGUUUUACAGAGAAUGGUGUGAAAAAGAGAGGAAAUAGUGAGACAGUGAGGACAGGUCUCUCAGUGGAAAUGCCUUGAGAAGAAAGAGGAGACUGGUUCGGGCCGAUAGGAGACAACAGGAACUCAAAUAACAUCUCGUUACACCAUCUCGAGGUGUGCUGAUGAACAUCUCUGAACACACACCGAACACGUCGAACCGUGAAGCAGAUGUUCUACAGGAGUAGUAGUCAGCUAGGAACAGGAAACUAAUGCUACAGGUCACAUGACUUCACCAACAGUAGAUCAGAAUAACGUAACCUGGUCUGAUGAGUCUCGAUUUCUUCUGCGGAAGAUCGGGACAGAAUCUGGCGUCAAAAAAAAAAAAUAAUAAUAAAAGUGUGAGUGGUGUAAUGGUGUGGAGGGGAUACUUCUUUUGUUCGUCUGUAAUAAACAUAUAUAGGGCUCUAGAUUGUGCAGUAUGAAGUGUCAUAUCCUUUUUUCCCAGGACAACAUGAUGAACUGAAUUUCACUUCAUUUUUACAGACUGUACAAACAUGACAAUGGGUUACACAUUGCUGAGUACAUAUUUUCAGAGCUCUACAUUUUUGCAACGUGGUUCCUGUAUUUUGGAUGUGGUAAAAUUUACAUGUUAUAAAAGUAAAGAUAACUUUCGUUCCACCUAAAAUAUCAGGAAAAACAAAUGCACAGUUUGAUGUGUAAUGGUUGAAGUUUGAUUCCCACCACCAUAUGUUGAAUCAACGCCAUGAGGAAUUAAGGGCAGUUAUAGCCCCUUAUAACCAAAGUGCCGAUAAGUUUAGAUUUCAUUUAUGACAUUUGUCUCUUGUCCAGUGUCUUAUAUGGUACAUCUGAGUACUUGAAGAACUUCCUGAAGGCAACAGUGGUACUUGGGUUUGAACCCCUGACCCUUUGUGAAAACCCUUCUUGAGGUGAUGUAAUGAAUUCAACAAGAGCCAGACAGCGCUCCUGCAGGACGUCUGGAGCUUCUGAUCCUGCUCACUUACAGCUGAGUUUGGACGUGAAAGCAGAGACGUCUGAAACUUCAGAAGUCUGUGUGAAGAAAGAAGAGGCGCUGGAGCUGAACAUCUCCAACUAUGAAGACGACCUCGACAACACUCCUGAAGUUAUUUCCAUUAAAGAGGAAGAUCCUGAUCACAAAGAAAACCUCUACUGUGAACUUUGCAAGUCCUUCUUCUUCAACAAGUGUGAGGUUCAUGGUGCACCCCUCUUCAUUGCUGAUACCACUGCUCCCAUUGGGGUCUCUGACCGAGCCAGACGCACUCUUCCACCUGGGCUAGAGAUUCGGGAGUCCGGCAUUCCUGAUGCAGGCCUGGGAGUGUUUAAUAAGGGGGAGACCGUUCCACUAGGGGCGCACUUCGGACCCUACCAGGGGGAGCUGGUAGAGCGAGAGGAAGCCGUGAGCAGUGGAUACUCCUGGGUGAUAUGCAGGAGCAGGCAGUGUGAGGAGUACAUAGAUGCCAAAAGAGAAAUGUAUGCGAAUUGGAUGAGGUAUGUAAAUUGUGCCCGUAAUGAUGAAGAACAGAAUCUUGUGGCAUUUCAGUAUCGAGGGGGCAUUCUGUUUCGUUGCUGUCGAUCCAUUAACCCAGGACAGGAGCUCUUAGUGUGGUUUGAAGAUGAGUACGCUAAAGAACUCAGUCCUGCAUUUGACUAUCUUUGGAACAAAAAGUGUUCCACCAAUGACAACAAUGCGUCACAAGUCUUUUCCUGCUCCACAUGUCCUCUAUCCUACGCAUCUAAAAUUUACCUAGACAAGCACAUGCGGAGAUGCUGCCACAAAGAGGAUAUGAGGUUGUAUGACUCAGGAGAGAUUAAAUAUGAGCUUCAGAUCCCAUCCAUAGACUCCAGUGGUCAGCCAACAUCAUCUGGUAGUUUCAAUGUCUUACAGAAGGAAAUCCACCCCUGUUCAGACUCUGGAAAGGAUUUUGAUUAUCAGGAGGCCCUCAAAACACACCAGUGCAAUUAUGUAGCAAGAAAAAAGCCACACAAUUGUUCAGUGUGUGGAAAGAGUUUUAAUCGACACUGGGCUCUUGAACAACACUACCGCGUUCACACAGGAGAGAAGCCGUAUCAUUGCUCACAGUGUGGAAAGAGUUUUAACCGACAGGAUAGUCUGAAAAAACACCAGCGCAUUCACACAGGAGAGCGGCCGUACACCUGCUCGCAGUGUGGUAAGAGUUUCACUAAACAGGGUGAUCUUCAACGACAUCUGCGCACCCACACCGGAGAAAAACCGUAUCACUGCUCACAGUGCGGGAAGAGCUUUAGUCAACAUAGCGGCCUCCACCAACACCAGUGGAUUCACACUGGAGAAAAACCGUAUCACUGCUCACAGUGCGGGAAGAGUUUCAGUCAACAAAGCGGUCUCCAACAACACCAGCGCUUUCACACAGGCGAGAAACCGUAUCAAUGCUCACAAUGUGGGAUGAGUUUUAUUUUACCAAGCGAUCUGCGACGACACCAGCGCUUUCACACCGGAGAGAAGCCAUAUCAGUGCUCAGAGUGUGGGAAGAGUUUUAACCUGCAGUGUUCUCUCAGACGACAUGAGCGCAUUCACACCGGAGAGAAGCCGUAUCAGUGCUCGCAGUGCGGGAAGAGUUUUAUCCAAUCGAGCCGUCUCCAACAGCACCAGCGCAUUCACACGGAAGAGAAACCGUAUCAGUGCUCGCAGUGUGGGAAGAGUUUUGGUCAACAGACUCGUCUCCGGCAACACCAGCUUAUUCACACGGGAAAGAAGCCGUAUUACUGUUCACACUGCGGGAAGGGUUUUUUCACUCAGAGUAAUCUCCAAAGACACCAGCGCAUCCACACAGGAGAAAAAACAUAUCAGUGCUCACAGUGCGGGAAGGGUUUCUUUGACCGAAGUAAUCUCAAAAAGCAUCAGCGCAUUCACACUGGAGAGAAGCCGUUUUACUGUUCGCACUGCAGGAAGGGUUUUUUCACCCAGAGUAAUCUCCAAAGACACCAGCGCAUCCACACAGGAGAAAAAACAUAUCAGUGCUCACAGUGCGGGAAGAGUUUUUUUGACCGGAGUAAUCUAAAAAAGCAUCAGCGCACUCACCCUGGGGAGAAGCCGUAUCAUGUCGUGUAUCAUACCACUGCUGACAGUGUGAACAGUUCUUCGGCUGGAUCGUCUACAAAUCCACCAGCCCACUGACACAGUAACGAAGCCGUAACUUUGUUAACAGGAGCAUUCAGAGGCAAAAAUACUAUUUAUUCCUGGUGAAUACGCGAUGAUACUCUGUGGAGGAAAUUGAAUCAUGUAUCUUGGUUUUUUUUAAAUUAUUUUGUGCUAGCAGGUUUAGGGGCAGGAAUUAGUAGAUAUAGCAAGAUUAGCUAAAACUCUGGACAAUAAAUCAUUUUAAAUUAUUUAAAUUCGCCUAUUUAACAUUCAUAAGGCAAACACUACAUUAUUGCAUUGACGUUUCUGCGAGAGCCAACAUGAUAUUAAAGCGUAUCUCUGUAUCCAGUAGCAUUUUAUUCAUAUUUAGUUAAACUCAACAGUAAGUGAGUGAGCAUGAUAAUGAAUAAAUGUUACACAAAACUGUGGUAUUUAGAGAAGCAGGAUAAAAAAGAACAAAAAACUAAAUCAUCACAAAAGUGAGCAUAUUGGUUUUUUUUAUGUUUAUUGUUGGACUGUAGAAAUGUUCCUGGUAAGAAUAAACCCAGAAUAAGGCAUGAAA